AUGUCAGUUGUUUCACGUAGUAAAAAAAAAGGUAAAAAAAAUUUAUAAUUGUGUUGCGUGUCAAUAAAGAAUCCUAAAAAAAUUAUUAAGGCACCUUAUACAACGAGGUACCAAAAGGACUAGUUAAAUAUUGGCUUUUACCUUCGCUAACAAAGAGCCAUAACACAAUGCACCUCCGGGCAGGUGUUAAAUUUAUUGACUUCCCGAAAUGCGACGGGUCCCUGCCAUAAAACCGGCGAAGAAACCAUACAUAUAAUAAUGUCCCUGCACCCAUAAACUCUGUAUCUGGGGGCCCGCUCCACUGCGGUACGUUGAACACGAUCGUCGUCCACUCCGACAUUCUUACGGCGAUCGCCUUCCGUUCCGUCGAAGACGCUCCGAGUGCUGAGUCGUCGUCCGGGAGGCCCCUUACCGGGAACACAGCGGCCGUUUCUUCGAGCAAUUCGCAUCGCACACGAUUCCGCGAGAUCGACGAAGAAUCGAAUCGUGAGUCACACAUAUCCAUCGGCGAUCACCAAUCCGAAAUUCCAUUCCAUCUGUACCUGUGUCCCGUCCACCUGAGUAUCUGAGUGUGUGUGUGUGUGCACCACGUUAGUCCCGCGUUGGAGAGUGACCAGUCCGCGGCCACCGAAUCCGGCGCUCCCGCACGCUCGUACGUUGUGUUUGUUGUUUGAUUUCGGUAAUCCGGUUGACAGAUAACAAUAUAAAAGAAAACAUGAAUAACGUUUACGGAACGAGGGAGAUCUACAGAUGCGACAUGAUGUGCUAUGAUAACAAAGGGAUGGUGACGCCAUCCGACGGCCAGAGCCAACAGACGACCAGGAUCGACGUAGGGACCGUCAGCAACGAAAAACCGUCGAUUGCGCAGAAGAAGUCGCGCUGCAGGUGUCGAUUGCCGAGGAUACGACCCCACAUCCUCCUCAAUACGCUAAUCGUAGUGACAGUGUGUCCGCUGCUGUUUUUACUGGAAUAUGGUUACAUACCCGGUACCAAGCAGGGCUUCACGUGCAAGGACCCACAGCUGUCACACAAGUAUAAUGGCGAAACAAUCACGAUCACCAUUUUGUUCGUCGGCACCGCUCUCACACCGAUGGCCGCCAUUCUGCUGGCGGAAUACCUGAAAAAGGGUGCCGUAAGGUUGAGGGACUUCUGGUUUUUCUACAAGGAAUGUUUGGUCGGCUGCUGCUUCGUGCUGCUCAUCACGGAAAUAAUGAAAAUAGUGGUCGGCGAGCACCGACCGCACUUCUUCGCCGUCUGCAAUCCUGAGAGAAACAUCGACUGUAAGAGUGGCGAGUUCAUCCAGGACUACACGUGCAGUACCAACAGUCCUUUCAGCAGUUACUUCAUCUCGGAUACCUCUAGAAGCUUCCCAUCCGGUCAUUCUUCCUGCUCUGUGUUCGCAGCAGUUUUCGCCGCUUACAUAGUUCAGAGCCGUAUUCCUACAAAGAAGACUGGUGGUUUGUUGAAACCCCUUUUGGUGUCCCUCUGCCUCACGUGGGGUAUCGUUUGUUCACUGACGAGGAUCACCGAUAGAAGACAUCACUGGUGGGACGUUUUCGCCGGAGCCCUUCUGGGCGCAAUGGGCGCCAUCUACACAGUUUACUAUCUUAAUAAGAAGUUGUACGCGGAAGUUGAAGUUCAACCGAAAAUGUCCACAUCCACGACGACACUACUGGACGUUAAGAACAAGGACGCUACCAGUGUUAUUAUUUAAUUAGGAAUAUAUGAUUUAAAACUCGCACAGUAUUUUUGUGAUGGAUGCGUGAGUGUAUGUUAGUGUGUGUUCUUCCUUACGAAUGAUUAUUUAUUGUUGUAAAUAGAUUUAAUUAAGUAAGAAUGUAAAUAUAUUUACUUUAUAUCUA